CUUGGGUACCAUCUUUAGAAUUUCCAAACUCCGACGCGCAUUACGCGUCGUUUGAACAGAUUCUUUACAGCAGUCUAAAUUUCAUAGCGUUUAUAAUGUCGGUCGACCUCACUAGUACUAGUGGCCGAACUAUCCUUGCCUUCAAGGCUGGUCGUGCUUUUCGACGCGCUGGAACCAACUUCGUCGAUGCCUCCCCCACCAAAGGCGCGAUUAUCUUGACCAAUGAGGACGGCCUCAUACACUUCAUGUGGAAAGACCGAACGACAGGGGAAGUCGGCGAGGAUCUAAUCUUGUUUCCUGGCGAUGCAAAGUUGGAAAAGGUCCCGCAAAGUAGCUGGGGCAGGACCUAUGUCCUCAAAUUUGAGAGCUCCGACCAAAAGCAUUUCUUCUGGCUGCAGGACUCAUCAACACGCCGUGAUGAGGAAUUCGUGACGAAUUUGAACAGAACCCUCGCUGAUCCCAACAUUAUCGCUAUCUGGGAUAUGCGCAACGUUUACCCAGCGUCGGAAGCCUCUACAUCCACUGCUGGUACAUCCACUCCUCAACCCUCGACAGUACAGCCAAUCGUUCCAGCGACUAGUGAUUCCACACCAGCGGGUACCACCCCGGAACAACUCGCACAACUUCGUGGGAUUGUUAGCUCGAUGACCGGUUUCGCGAGUGAAGAUGAGCUUUGGUUGACAGACGUCCUGUCCUCACAAAAUUUGCUUCCCCUUUUCCAAUCGCACCCUGAACUCCUUCCAGCACUCUUCCCUCUCCUUCCACCUGAACUUAUCCCAUCGUCAGACGCUACACCACAACAGGUGGUAGAGAUAUUGCAGCGUACGACUAACUCUCCACCUUUCCGCUCGGCUGUGGCGCAGCUUGAUCGGGCACUUCGGACGGGUGCCCUUGGUGAAUUUGUGAGGAGCCUUGGUCUCCCUGAGAGUGCUGCGACGGGUGUUGGCGCGUUCCUCGCUGCUAUCGCUGAACAAGCAAGACAGGAAGGUGCCGAAGAGCGGAUGGAAGAGGAUUAGGGAGCGUGAUGGUCGAUUGGACUUUUCUUUAGUUACCACUGCCAUUCCAAAUGCGCUGGGAUUCCUUGGUGUUGAUGUGCAAGCUUAUACAUUUACUGUUUUGUUUGUUCCGUGAGACUUCUUUGCGGGAAACUCGCGGUAGGAACAAUGCAGCGGAUGUACAUAU